ACUGUUUUGUAGUAAAUGCGAGUGUUUUUGUGGGACUGUGAAGAUUUAACUUUUUCCGACCCAAAAAACUUUGUUGUUUCUAUCCAAAUCUACACUUGUAUUCUUUUUCUUCAAUCACUGUUCAAUAAAAAAAAUGUGGGUAUCACUGUGAUCCCAAGUUCCAAAACCAACAUCAUGAAUCGUGGGGAGUGGAUACGUUUCAAGGUAUGUGUAAGGGAGUUCAUGAUUGGGGUUUCAGAGUUAACAGUUGAGUUUGGAAAAGGUUGCAGAGACAUAGUGAAACAAAGCUUAGUGAAUGAUGAUUCGUUUAUUGUUAAGAAAUUUGGAAAGGGUUCUUACAUUGGGAAAAGAGUAAGAGAACCUUGUAACAAAUUGUUAGAUAAAUUGAGCUUCUUUAAUCAGUAUUUGCCUGAAGAUAAGGACCCAAUUCAUGCUUGGUCUGUCAUAUUCUUCGUUUCCUUACUUGCUCUCUCAGCUUUGUAUGUAAAUUUUGAGUAUGAUCCAUCUGCCCCACUUGUGAAGCAAGUAUUUUUGCAUCCUGCUAGUGCUACCCGCAUUGUGCUUCCGGAUGGAAGAUACAUGGCAUAUAAGGAGCGAGGUGUUUCGGCCGACAGAGCUAGAUUUUCAAUUAUUGCUCCUCAUACUUUUCUUUCCUCUCGCCUUGCAGGAAUUCCUGGAGUUAAAGAUUCACUGCUAGAAGAGUUCGGCAUUCAUUUGCUCACUUAUGAUCUGCCUGGUUUUGGUGAGAGUGAUCCGCAUCCCCAACGAAAUCUUGAAUCCUCAGCAAUAGAUAUUUCGUUUUUAGCCGAUGCUCUUGGUGUUGACAAGUUCUGGGUUAUUGGUUACUCAAGUGGAAGCAAGCAUGCAUGGGCUGCACUUAGGUACAUACCUGAUAGACUUGCAGGUGCUGCCAUGUUUGCUCCCAUGGUGAACCCAUAUGAUCCUAUCAUGACAAAGGAAGAGAGACGAAGAACCUGGAACAAAUGGACGCGGAAAAGAAAAUUCAUGUACUUCUUAGCUCGAAGGUUUCCUAGGCUUCUUGCGUUCUUUUAUCAGCGAAGUUUCUUGUCAGGGAAGCAUGGUCAGAUUGAUAGGUGGCUGUCUUUAUCUCUUGGAAAAAGGGAUAAAGCACUGAUGGAAGACCCAAUCUACGAGGAAUUCUGGCAAAGGGAUGUGGAAGAAUCAAUCAGGCAAGGAAACGCUAAACCCUUUGUGGAGGAAGCUGCUUUGCAGGUCUCAAAUUGGGGUUUCAGCCUUUCAGACCUUAAGUUGCAGAAACUAAAACACAAUAGGAACGUCCUUAGUUGGCUUAAGGCAAUUUUCACUGAAACUCAGGAGUAUACGGGCUUUCUCGGUCCAAUACAUAUAUGGCAUGUGAGUGCAUCUACGUUUUGAUCCUUCGACUCCCCUAUAUGAAGGGAAUGGAUGACAAAGUGGUUCCCCCUUCAAUGACCGAUUUCGUGCAUCGCGUACUACCCGGAGCUGCAGUACACAAACUCCCAUAUGAAGGCCAUUUCACCUAUAUAUACUUUUGUGAUGAAUGCCACAGACAGAUAUUUACUACACUUUUCGGAACCCCGCAAGGCCCUCUCAGCAUUUCAUUAGAACUAGAAGCCAAUGUUGAACAGCAAGAAGAAGCAAGCAGUGGUGAUUGCGCCACCGAUUAAUAGAAGUAUACACAACAGGAUAUAAUGCUAUUUAUUUUUCUAUUUUUCUGGCCAACAUCACAAUUAUAUGAUGUGUAUAUACAUAUAGUUAAGCUUCAUUUCCAGUGGAGAAGUAUAGGAAAGAAAAUAAAAUCAGUGUUACUGCCCCUUCUUUUUGGCUGUUGAACUGGUCUGUCUAUAAAAAAUGUAUUGAGUCCUGUUUUUUUACGCAAUAACUGCUACUACUGCAUUACCUCCA